GCGCCGAUACAUAAAGUUUGGGAACCACGUGGUGUCAAGAAAGAAACGGAGGUGUUGUUGGGCGCGUUGACAGAACAAGCUUCUCUCUGCAGUGCAAAGAUGAAGCUGACAGUAAUAGUUGCGUUGUGUCUGUGCCUUCUUUUGAAUACUGAUUUUUCACUGGCCAAGAAAAGUAUAGGACUUGGUCGGAAAAUAAAUCUCUUUAAGAAGACCCCCAAAACAAAAAAUAAUCUGGACACCAAGUCUAAGGUUAACCAGCAGUUCAACCAAGGAAGUUACCCCCAGCAACCAGGAUACGGAGCGGGGGGCUAUCCAGCACGGGGCUCCCCUUAUGGAGCUGGUUAUGGCAGUUAUGGUGGUCACGGAGGUUAUGGAGGUUAUGGUGGGCAUGGAGAUGGUGGUCAUGGAAGUUAUGGAGGUUAUGGAAGCUACGGAGGUUAUGGAAGUUAUGGAAGUUACGGAGGUUAUCCAGGUGGAUACAUGAACUACAACCCAAACAACAAAAUCCCGAGCCCUCACUAUGGUAGCAGCUUUGGUUACGGGGGCUACGGUGCUGGGGGUGGCUCUCCCUUUUCCCGCUCAGUUCAGGAGAUGGGCGUGUACCCCAAAGAAAAAUCCAGAGGGUUUGGGCGCAGUGCAGUAAUGGCAGCAGCUGGAGGGGCUGUGGCAGGAAUGGCCCUGGGCUACGGGCUUGGAAGGUUCCCUCGUCCUCACUUUGACUUCCACAGCCCCCAGGAGGAGUACUACUACAACCACUACAUGUACAGGAGAUAUGGUGUCAAGUCUACUGAUACCAAUGACUACAGUAGAGACUAUGUCUACAGCAAACCCACUCAGACCUAUAAUAGCUACAUGGACUCCUGCAUGAAGAGAAAAGACCUUCUGCCUGUGGAGAAUCGAAAGCCAGAAAACAAACCAGCUGCCACCACCACCACUACAACCACCACAACUACCACAACUACAUCCAUAACUACCACAUCUACUGCUGGUCCACAUACUGGCAUUGGCAGCAACACAACAAAGACUAACAGCACUACAGCAGGAAACUCCUCAACCUCUGCACUUCCAACUCCAGGCCCUCUGAAUGGGUCUGAGUCCAAACCUAUGCCACCAGCUUCACAGGCUGUCACAAAAGCUGACGAUGAUGAUGACACAGUCAGCAUUGUGGAGAUCGGCUAUCCAGCACUGAUUGAGCAGGUCUUGGUAGACCCAUGUGGGAGGGCCGACUGCCAAAGAGGAAGUGGUGGAUACUAACCAGACUUAUAUAGAGUUGGGAGAGGGGCGGGGUGUCAGACCAUGUGCUUUUCUUUGGAUGGGUAUCAGAUCUACAAUUAAGCCACUGUCUUAUACCAAAGCAAUUUUGUUGAUUAAGAAUAAAUUGAAAGCAUGUAAUC